AUGGUAUACCAGACACGCUGCCAAGCCUGCACAGUGCUCCAGGUGCCCAUGAUGUUCCAAGAGGAGGAGGACAGUGAAAAUUGUCUCAAAUGCCCAGAUUCGGAAUGGCCGAAUGAGAAGAAUAGUAAGUGUAUUACCAAAACUGAAGAGUAUCUCUCGUUCACCAGUGAUACAGCCUCUACAUUUUUAUUAUCUAUAUCAGUUUUGUUCUUUCUUAUAAGUCUGCAGAUGUUGGGCAUUUUUAUCACAUACUGGGACACCCCCAUUGUAAGAGCCAACAACAGGAGCCUUAGCUUCCUCCUCCUUGUCUCCAUCAAGCUGAGCUUCCUCAGUGUGUUUCUGUUCCUUGGUCGCCCUGUGGAUAUAACCUGCAUGCUGCGUAACAUCACUUUUGGAAUCACCUUCUCCAUAGCUGUCUCUUCUCUCCUGGCCAAGACUAUCAUGGUUUACAUUGCUUUCAAAGCCACCAAGCCAGGGAACUCAUGGAGAAAAUGGGUGGGAGUCAAACUGUCCAAUUCUGUAGUCUUGUUCUGCUCAUCCAUUCAAAUAAUAAUCUGCAUGACUUGGUUGUCCAUUUCUCCUCCCUUUCAGGAACUGGACCUUCACACUUACCCUGGAACCAUCAUCAAUCAGUGCAAUGAGGGCUCAGCUAUUGGCUUUUACUCAGUUAUUGGGUAUAUGGGGCUUCUGGCAGCUGUUAGUUUUGUUUUAGCAUUUUUAGCUCGGACAUUACCGGACAGUUUUAAUGAGGCCAAGUACAUCACUUUCAGCAUGUUGCUCUUCUGCAGUGUUUGGAUCACAAUGAUCCCGGCCUAUCUGAGCACCAAAGGCAAAAACACUGUGUGUGUGGAGAUAUUUGCCAUACUCACCUCAAGUGCUGGACUUUUAUUCUGUAUAUUUUUGCCAAAAUGUUAUGUAAUUAUGUUUAAGCCUGAAAUGAACCAUAAAUCUUGUUUACUUGGAAAAAACAACCAAUAACCAACAAAAUUGGAAUUGGAAUCAUUGGAACAGAGAGCCGCUCAUCUGAGUUACCUUUUCUGUUAAGUGAUAUAUUUUUGGAUCUUUUUUUAUUACUCUGGAUGAAUGUGUGCUUUCAAUUAAUUAUGUUUCAGGUUGAUAAAUAUAUUUCACCCUGGAACAGAUUUAUUAAUAAAAUGUUUUUAAGC